CAAAAAUUAAUUUAAAAUUAAUUAAAUGCAAGGAAAAAUUAAUUCUAGAACCACAUUGUCUCGUUCGUAAAAACAAUUGUGCAUAAAUUUAACUUGCAGCCUUAUGCAAUAUUUAUAAAGUUAAAAUUGAAUAGAAAAAGAAACAAAAAUUUAGUAUUAAAACAUAUGUGACAAGUACAAAGGGUAGCCAAUCCCAUAAGCUUACACAGCGGUAGUCAGUCAGCCUAUCAGAGUGAACGGUUUAAAGAGGCCGCGGCAAAGGUAUACGUUCGUAGGCCGUGACGCGGAAAGCCGGUUAGUCGGUCUCAAUCCGCCGUGGUGUAAACGUUACUGGAGCGCAGAACAGUCCUCCGUGCACGCGUAUCUUUCACUUCCUCUCUUGCACUCUUAUAAUUAGAACUUUACGUAUUUCCUGUAAAGCCUAAAAAUUUGUACGAAAGUUUCAACCGUGUGUUUCUGCGUAUGUUUCCAUCGAAUUGCCUUAAUGUAUAUGCAUCUACAAAUUUGAAUCUGCGGCAAUAUAACACGCCUGCGCACUGGUUGACACUCAAAGGGAUUACACACAAGAUUAACAAACUGUAGACGAUCGAUCGACUCUACGAUGCAGUUGCAGCGAUGACCGAGAUCCGCUGCUACGCAGACUCCCCCGUACUGAUCGAACGUCAGACAUUCAACCGGAAUGGGAAGGCACUCAGGUGUCUGUUCCAGGAAUUCUAAGAGAAACGUAUUGUUCUAUACCACGGAUUGCGGCGACGAGAAAGAAGAUCUUGGGUUGAAAUUGCAACAGCGCUCGAUCUCCCUGACUGCUCUGCACACCGGUUCGGGAACGCCGCAGCAGCAAUUACUCGAACCCAGGAUGGCUCAACUGGAGACCCUCGAGGCUAAGAUGGCAAGUAUCGAGGUUUCGCUGUCGACUACGCCGAGACGGAAGAAAGGCGGGAGCGUUUCCGGUGGCGUGACGUCACCUGCAGGACCUCGCACUCGUGAUCAUUGCAAGGAACUCGACGCACUUCGUGUUGCACUUCGCGAUAAGGAAAAUAUCAUACAAAACUUAAAAGGGCAGCUGUGCAACACCCUGAGCAACCGGUUGGCAUUGCGUAAUGGAGCGCCGCCCUUAACGGAAGCUGACAGAAAAGCGACUGAGGACCGUCUUCAGAGAUUGCGUCGUGACGCCGACAAUAAAAGAUUGGCUAUUAAGAAUCUGAAAUUGGCACUUGAACGUCUGGAUAUCACGGACAACAUUGAUAUUCGGAUUCAACAAGCAGAAUUAGAAUAUCGAUUGGGACGCGAGGAAUUGGAGCUUUUAACAUUACGCGAAGAAAGUCGAGCGCUUCAAGCAGCCUUGGAGUUGGCUGAGACUCAAGAAAAGCAGAAAAACGACACUGUAUUUAGUUGUAUUUCCGGUUCUACACAAGUCACCGUUCAUGCAGUGGAAAUUAGCGCGGAUCCAAAAAGUCCCCGCUUUGGAGCAGGACCGCGCGAGGACGCAGCUGGUCUUUACGUCGACUGGGCUGUCGAGGAUUCCGGUCUCUGCAAAGGGGACAGGAUCCUCGAGGUCAACGGAAAGCUCGUGGUGGGGGCAGGCAGAAGUGACCUGGCGCGACUGCUGGCCGUUGCCCCGGAUGCGGCGCAAAUUGUCGUCCUUCGGAAGGGUGAAUCCCUCGCGGCGUUGCGCACCCUUCGAUCAGAUAACCUCAGGCUGACUCACAGAAUCGGGUAUCUCGAAGAACAGGUUCGCGAUCUUUUGGCACCAACGAGACCUUCGAUUCCUGCGGAUCCACCUCCGUUGCGUCAGGAACACGUGCAGGUCUUUCAAAAGGGGCCUCAGGUCACUGCGCUGGUUGCGAAUCUUCCUGGUCUUCAUGUGAAGAGCCCUACGGAAUUGCGUCAAAGUCUGCCGACAGUACGCGGUAGACAUAGCGAUCAUUCCAGGCGAUACAGCGAGUUACGGAAUCCAAAAGAUUUAGAUUUUUCCACGGAUGGGAUCUCGAAUGGUCAUCAUAAGUCACGAAGACAAAAGCAUCAGGGUUUCAAUUUGACAAGGUCCACGGCCAGUCUAGAUUGUAAACAGUCUCCAUCGCAGACGCAGACGCAACGAAGACCACCCCGUGUUGAAUCAGCUAUGGAGCAUCUUCAAAAAAUUCGUCGAAAUGCACCGUCCCUUCAAUCUCUAGAAUUUGACUCAGAGCCCACUUAUUACAGAUUACAGGAUUCUCAAUCGAGAGCUUCCGAACAUUCCGAAGCUUCAGCCAUUUAUAAUUCACAGGAUACUAAAACGCGUCCUGCUCCUCCUAAAAAGCCAUUGCGACUGUCAUUACAUCGGGCAGCUAGUUUACAGUCCGUUGAAAGUGCACCACCGACCUCAGCUCACGAGCUUCCGCGGAAACCUACGAAGAGAAAUUAUAGGGGUGAUCCACCCCUUGAGAAAAAUUCCCGAGGAGACGGAAAUUCCGAAAGUAGCCGCCAGACCGAUUCUGGGUGUACAAAUCCACCGCAACCACCACCAAGGACGCCGUCCAGGGCGGAAUCAUGUCAGAGUGCUUUAAGGUGGCCUUCGCCUAAGCCAAGACCUCAUCUUGCUCCUGUUCCUAUGGAGAAAUGGUGCUAAAUAUUAGAUAGUGUUACAAGUCAAUUUUACUCUGAAAUUGAUUACCGAAAUUUUUUAGAUACAAUUUACAAGUUCUAUUGAAGAGUAUCGCGAAGUUCGAUUAAUUAACUUAAUAAAAUUAUUAAUUGAUUAUUGGGGAUUGGUAAACUGUAGUAUACCGAACACGUAUGUAGUUUAAAUUUGGUUGUACACUGUGAAGUUGAAGAAAGUCAUUAUACUUAAUUUUUAAACUUACAAUAAUUGGAAUAUUAUAUAGUAGUUGAAAUGUAGCCUAGUUCAUUGUUUCAAUAACAAUGAAAUAUCAAUAAGUUAUAUUAAUAGUUUGAGUAAACAGGGAAACUUCAUUUUCCUUGUUUUGAGAUCUAAUAGUUAAUUCGAUAACGAACAAUUUUUUUAUGCAAUAAUUUAGUAGAACCCUUGCAGCGAGCGAGCGUCCAAAUUCUUUUUUAGAAAGAUGCGACUAAGAAAUAAUGACAUUAUUUGUAAGAAGAGCCAAGCCAAGACAAGUACAUUGACCAUUAGUAAAAAAAGCAGUUUGCGGCUACAUGAUUUUCAUUGAAAGCAUCAGUGUCCCGUCUGCUAUUAUUAAUAAAUAUUAAUCAUGGUAACUUACUACAAACAAGUAAGCUUUAUAAUAGUUAUGCAUUAUUACUGAGGCAUUAUUGCAUAAAUAAUUUUCUCGACUAAUACAAAAUGUACAAAGUGCAAUAUCCUUAUGCGUCAGAAACAAGAUAUUUUAGAUGACACUUUAAAAAUGACGGACUGCAAAAUGCUUUAGCAUUGUAAGAUCCUUGCCUUUACACUUGCCCUUUAAAAGUAUUUACAAAAUAUGUAUUAACGUAUAGUUUAAUAUAAUGUUAAUGACAACUCGUACAAAGUACGUUAAGCGUGCACGCAUAUAGACUACACUCAUUAAUUUAUCGUUAUUAUGUGAAUAAGAUAUGCAAGGUACUAUUGUGCGAGUAAUAUUGAACUGAUGAAUGAAUGUCGUCAUUGAAUUACAUCACGUAAAUUUAUUUUACAAUGCCAGAUAAUAAGAACGUACGUCGUAUUGCUUUUAUGCUAUUACGUAUCGUGCAUACUCAAAACGAUAUUAAAUUGCUUUAUUUUCAUGUAAUUUAAUGAUAUCAAUUCAAACUCAUUUUAUGUAUGCCUGCGCUGAGAAUAUUUCCCAGCAAUUAUUUCUUUGGUGUAACCAAGUAUAGUAUAACUGGGGAAUGUCGUAUAAGUUGAAUAAAUUGAAAAAAAAUA